AUUUAAAAUAAGAAAAUGAAGCUAGCAUUUCUUCUAUUUCUUUUUAUUUUUUUUUUCCAACAACAAAGUAACAAACUUUGAAAAGAGGUUUUCUAAAAAAAGAAGCUUGUUCAUUCCACGAUCCGAAAAUAACGUUGUACAGAACAGAAUUUAGUUACGUGGCCGAAAACAUCGGUGAUAACAAUAGAUUCUUAUCAAAAUCUUUGCUGUAACACUUUGUUGAUUCCUGCAAAUAAGGAACAGAAAAUAAAGGGAAACCCAGCAAAAAAUUUUAAUUGCAUCUCCUCCGGAAUCUCCCCUAUUUUUUCUUGAGAAAUGAGCAAAAAGAUCAGCACAACCUCACAGGCUUGCGCUGCUUGUAAGCACCAACGUAGGAAGUGUGGUCCUAACUGCAUUCUCGCACCAUAUUUUCCUCACGAUCGCCAAAAACAAUUCCUUAACGCUCAUAAAUUGUUUGGAGUUGGAAGAAUGACUGAUCUCAUCAAACCACUGGGUCCUACCGAGAGAAACAUUGCCAUGGAAACCAUCAUCUACGAAUCUGAGAUGCGAGCCUAUGAUCCUGUUAACGGUUGUUGUACAAUGAUUCAACAGCUUCAAUCUGAGAUUGAGUACCGUCAAGCUGAGCUUCAACUUGUUCUUCAUCGUCUCGCCCUCUUCAAAGCUCAAGCGCAGCAGCAAUCUUCGAGUUGCAACCAAGUUAAUAAUGUUGAAGGGAUUCCAUUUCAACCGGAUCAAUAUUAUGAAGCUACUAACAUGGAUAGCAAUAGCUCCAUUACGCAUGAAGUGGAUCUUAAUGCAUGGAUGAUGCAAAACUUGCAAUCACCUGCGUUGUUAUCACCUUUGACAUUAACCAGUGAGAAUGAAAAUGGCAAUGUUGGAGUUGAUGAUAAUAAUGGCUAUAUUUAUGAUCAGAAGCCUAUGCUUGACCUUGGUUUUAAAGAAACCAAAUCAAAUCAUCAAACACCGGUGGAGGGCAUGCAUUAUUCAGGGAUGAAGCAAAUUUACAAUUUUCAAGAUCAGGAACAGAAAGAUUAAAAAAAGCUGUAGCAACUUUUUUUUAUUCUCUCACAAAAUAUUAGGCUAGCAAAGUUUUACAACUUAACAUAGAUUGUAGAGAAGAUGGCAUAAGAUCAAUUUUGUAAUCAUCACUAGCUAGGUAUUGCCUUUGAUUAUUAAGUUCAAAGUUCAAACAUUACACCAGCUUUUUGUUUAUUGUGUAUUUUGAUAAAUUUUUGCAGCAAUAUAGCGACUA